GUCCGCCAGGCAAAUCCAAGAGGAGGCACUGUUCCUACCCAAAGACUCCAGCACCCCCGGGUCUCCCGUCAUUUAACUCUCUCGCAAGAGCAGACACUCACAGAAAGACCCCUAUUGCUGCCUCUUUUCUCUGGGCUGGACUUCCCAGGAGAGGGCGUACAGCAAGGGCAGAGAUAACUAAAUGUUGUAGGCUCACAGGAGGGGCGAAUGCCAGAGGGCCAUUCCUCAUUCAUUGGGUCCUGGUGCCUACCAGACUGGCUAGAGACAACUCCACUGGACGGUGCCAGAGAAGCUCAGCAAUAAUUCAGGGGCUCCAGCUCUUUGGAACCUGUUGCCAGGAAACAGAGACAGAGAGGCACGUGCAUCCCUAGGGAAAAGAAUAAGUUUCCAGGCCGGGACAAAGAAGUGAAAUGUAAGCCCAAGGUGCUGACAGGGUCCGAGGAUCUUCCCACUCCUGUUCAUGAAGGCUGAGUGGGGACAGAGUGGCCCUGCCAAGGACAUAGCUGGUAUGGGGACACCAGUGUAUGUCAUCAACCUAAGGACUAUGCAAAUAAAGAGAAUUUGUCUGAAGCCAUUCCAAGAGAUUGACAACCUUAAAAUAUUCCUAAACCCAGGAAGGCGACCUCUUCAGAGAGAUGUCUUUAGUAUUGGUGGCCAAUAUGGGUCAAGACAAGAGACUACAUUGACAGAAGUCAACCCCUUCUCAGACUCCUUUGGAUCAGUUUCACCUGCUGGGCAUUGUGCCAAUUAGGGAGGUUGGUGCAUCUUUAAUGAAGUCACCCGAUCGCUGGGACAGGCUCUUGGCCCCACCAAGUUCCCAGAGCCAGAUCUACAGGUGCCCACUGAGUCACCACCUUCUGUGCCAGGGUGCCAGGCUCCUUUCCCUUGCAGCUAUGAACCAGGCCUUUUGGAAAACCUACAAGUCCAAAGUGCUACAGACCCUGAGUGGGGAAUCUGAGGAGGACCUGGCAGAGGAGAGGGAGAACCCAGCUUUAGUGGAGUCUGAGACAGCAGAACCUGCUGAGGAGGCCUUCAGUCCCGUGUCACAGCUGGCCCGCAGGGUUCAGGGAGUCGGGGUGAAAGGCUGGCUGACAAUGUCAUCUCUGUUUAACAAAGAAGAUGAGGACAAGCUGCUGCCACCAGAGCCCUGUGCUGACCACCCUCUGGCCGCGCAGCCCACCUCGCAGGCGGGGGCCACCGAGGCAGGGCCGCGCGGCCCGGGAUUCUGGGAUGCGUUCGCCAGCAGGUGGCAUCAGCAGCAGACCGCGGCCGCGUCCAUGCUGCGGGGCGCCGAACCCACCCCGAAUGCGGACCCGGAGCCCCAGGACCAGGCCGGGGAGGAGGCCAACGAGCGCCCGGAGCCUCGGGAGGUGGACCCUGCGGCCGGCUUCAAGUGGGAUUUCCUCACCAACAAACUGGCCGAGAUGAGGGUGAAGGCCGUGCCCAAAGGUGACUAGCCGGCCCCCCAAACUGGGCACCCGCCCUCCGCAGCCCCCAUUAAAAAAAAAAAAAGUGGCCCUACACCUCGUGUGACGGCGUUUUUGUCAGGACAACAGGAAAAGCAAAAGCUGUUUGGGGGUGGGGGGUCUCAGGCGGGGUCUAGUUGGAGAUGUCCUCGCACCUCUACCCACAAAAGUGCUGGCGUAAAAUGACCAGGUGGCACACGCCUGUAAUUCCAGACACUUAGGAGGCUGAGGCAGGAGGAUCGCAAGUUCAAUGCCAGU